UUCCACCCACCACACAGAUCAUGGCAGCGAAGACAAUUCUUAUCACGGGCAGCACACGCGGCAUCGGCCUCGAGUUUGCCAAGCACUUCACUAAAGCUGGAUGGAAAGUCAUUGGCGUGGCGCGCAAUGGCAGCAAGGCGGACGAGUUAAAGGCGUUGUCACCGCUCAAGAUUGUGAGUUUCGACUGCACCGACGAGGCGUCAAUUGCUGAGGCAGCGCAGGAGCUCCAGGAGGUUCCAAUUGACCUCCUCAUCAACAACGCAGGCAUCUUCAUCGGCGGUGGCCUGACAACCACGACCAAGGAGAUGCUCAUGCGUCAGUUCGAGGUGAACACGGUGGGCCCUUUCCUGGUGACGCGUGCAUUGCUACCAAACCUGAAACUUGCGGCGAAGAAGAAUGGCAGCGAUGGCGCAUUAGUGGUCACGGUGUCAUCCCAGAUGGGCAGCAUCGCUGGCAACACGGCUGGAGGAAACUACAGCUACGGAGCCUCCAAGGCGGCUGUGAACAUGGUGAACGCCAGCCUGGCGAUUGACUUGAAGAAGGACAACAUCGCGGCGAUUGUCGUGCACCCGGGCUACGUGGUGACGGACCUCACAGGUGGACUGGGCGACGUCCACACGGACGAGAGCGUGAAGGGGAUGACAAGUGUGAUCGAGAAGAUAUCAAUGGCCGAUACCGGGAAGUUCUUCCACUUCCAGGGUCACGAGAUGCCGUGGUGAAAGGUGAGUCUUUGCACGUCCUCCCGACCAGAGAAAUAAAGCUUUGGUCGAAAUACAUGAAUGUAGUCACUGUUAGGUUGGAAUUACGAGUAUAUUUCCAACUUAAAGACUCUAAUUGGAGCCAGAAUUAAGAAAUGGUAUUAUACGAAUAAUAUACUUGAACUUAAAAUAU